AUGCUUGUCAUACCGGAACGUCUGCCGGAUGGCAGUGGGCAGAUGCUUUUUGAUCGUUGCCAACAGUCCACCGAGCACCACGAUCGUCACGAUGAGGUUGACGAAAAGAAAGCUCGACCGAAUAUCGAACCACGGGAACCUGAUGAUAACCGCAACGAAAUACAUCACUCGGAUGCAGUAAAACUUCAUCAUCUCAACAAAGCGCUGCAAGGGAAAGCAGCUGGCAUCCUGAACACGUCCAUUCUGAAUGGCAACAACUUGCAGGCGGCAUGGGACGUCUUGGAGAGGCGUUUUGAGAAUCCUCGGCUGAUUGUCGACAAGCACAUCGCAGGAUUGCUUCAGCUGAAGCAUGCACCCCGAGAAUCUGCAAAGGACCUACGGAAGCUAGCGGAAACGUGCAAGAGUCAUGAAGAUGGCUUAGUAUUUAUGAAGCAGACUAUCGACAGUACCAGCAACCUCAUCAUCACGCAUCUGCUCAGCUCAUGUAUGGACGCUGACACAAGGAAGGCAUGGGAGAGUUCGUUGGAACAUGGAGAGUUUCCGGAUCUCUUCAAAACUCUCGAUUUCAUCAAUCGGCAAUGUGAGGUGCUCGAAAGCUGCACGCCAGAGACGUCACGGAAAUCAACAAGCACCAAAGCCUUCACCUCCACCACAGCUGCCAAUCCAUCGUGUGUUAUGUGCCAGCAGCAUCAUACUCUUCAGAACUGUCCAACCUUCAUCGCGAUGUCCGUAGUGCAGAGGAAGAGCAAAGUACAGUCAUUGAAACGUUGUUUCAAUUGCCUCAGCGCUGGACACCCGGUUUCGCAGUGCCGAUCGAAAUGGACGUGCCGUAUCUGCAAGAAACGUCAUCAUCAUCUACUUCAUGGGGAGCAGCUUCCAGCAGCACCAUCUCUUCAGCCUCCAGACGCCGCUGCAACAUCUCAUCAGCUUCCAGUCGAUGCAGCUCAACCAACAUUCAUCGGGGCAUCGAUGACUUCAUUGACGACAGCAGUGCCAUCCACAGUACUAUUGUCAACAGUAGUGCUCAACAUCACCGAUCGUGCCGGAGUUAGCCAUCCAGCAAGAGCUCUCUUGGAUAGCGGAGCUCAAUCCAACUUCAUCACCGGCAGGAUGGCACAGUUCCUGGAAUUGCCGCGGAAGCUGAUCAAUCUUCCGCUAUCAGGCAUUGGUGGCAGUACAAGAUCGAAUGUGCGACAUUCCAUCGAAACCACCAUCCAUUCUCGAUGCUCGAGCUAUGCUGCGUCAUUGGAGUUGCUUGUGUUACCGAAGCUGUCAGCAGACUUACCAACUCAACGGAUCGACAUCAGCCACUGGAAGAUACCGGAAACCUGCAUCUUGGCUGAUCCAUCCUUCAAUCGGCCAGGAACCAUUGACAUCAUCUUGGGAGCAACACACUUCUACGAGAUCCUGAGGAUCGGACGACUCUCCCUGUGUGACAGCAUGCCAACCCUUCAGGAAACUGAAUUUGGUUGGGUAGUCAGUGGUACCAUCACCGAACCCAUGUCACCGGUAAUGUGUGCGGUGGCAACACACACGAACGAGUUGGGCAACCUAAUGGAGCAGUGUUUCACCACCGAAGGCCUGAGCAACACACCGAGCUGGAGCAGCGGGGAACGAGCCUGUGAGGACCAUGACACGGCAACCACCACCAGAGAAGAGGAUGGCAGGUACAUGGUCCAACUUCCACGCAAGCCAGAGAUGAUUGGCAAGCCUGGCAAUUCAACGACUAUCGCACUUCGACGGUUCCUAGCACUAGAACGUCGACUUCAACGGGAACCCGAAACCCAACGUGCCUAUGUGGACUUCAUGGAUGAGUACCUUCGCUUCAGUCAUACGAGCAAGGUGGCAGCUUCUUCAAAGAACGAUGAAUCGUUUUAUCUACCACAUCAUCCGGCCUUCAAGACCGACAGCACCACGACGAAGUGUCGAGUGGUGUUUGACGCAUCGAGUAAAUCUUCAACGGGUGUGUCUUUGAACGACACACUAAUGUUCAAAAUCAACACCCCAUACGAGAUUGGGGCAAUCACCAAGAGAAAGGUGCUAUCGUGCAUCACCAUCUAUGAUCCUUUGGGCAUCGUCGAUCCCGUAAAAGCCAUGGCCAAGCAGUUCCUCCAACGCAUCUGGACGCUGCAAACGGAACAGCAACAGCCCUGGGGAUGGGAUGACGAGUUGCCAAAUCAUCUACAAGGAGAAUGGAUCAACUUCCACAACCAGUUGAUACAUUUACAAAAUCUACACAUUCCUCGUGUAGCCAUCAGGCCAGAUUCGACAUCAAGCCAGUUCCAUUUUUUCUGCGAUGCAUCGGAAAAGGGAUAUGGCGCAUGCUGCUACAUCAGAAGCCGAGAUGACAACGGAAACAUCACGAUGCAACUGUACGCGUCGAAAACUAAGGUGACACCGAUAAAUAGCAAACACUCCAUUGCUCGACUGGAAUUGUACGCUGCACAAUUGGCCAGCUUGCUAUAUGAUCGGGUCAGAUUAGCGGUCAAGCUCUCAUCUCCUGCAACUUUCUGGACGGAUUCCAUGACCGUAGUUCAUUGGUUACGAGCAUUGCCAAAUUGCUGGAAACCAUUCGUCGCCAAUCGCGUCUCCCAAGUGCAACACUUGACCCAAGGAAGUGUUUGGCGGCACAUCCCCGGAGUCGACAAUCCAGCGGACUUAGCAUCGCGUGGUUGCUUGAGUAAGGACCUUCUCGACAACCCGCUAUGGUGGCAGGGUCCUUCCUGGAUUCAUCUACCCGAGGACCAGUGGCCAGAAUCACCAGUACCAUCAUCAUGUGAAGCAGCAGUAGCAGAGCAGCGAGUCACCACAGUAGCUUGUCCAGCUACAGAAAAACCACCACAUCGCAUCUUUACGCUGUGGGAGCGAUUAAAAGACGAUCUUCGAACGACUGUGGCAUAUUGGGUGCAAUACUUCAACAAGCGCUUCAAGCGUCGACAGUACGUGGGUAUUGGACUUACAACCCAAGAUCUACGGGAGGCUGAGGAAGUAUUGCAUCGGCUGGCACAACAGGACCUACUUGAGCAGGAAAUAAAGGCUCUUCAACAUAACAAGCCGAUACCUUCAUCAUCGAAGCUGAAAUGGCUGCAUCCGCAGCUAGGAGCAAGCGGCAUCAUUCGCAUUGGAGGACGUCUGUCCAAUGCACCUCUACUAGAAGACACCAAGCAUCCAAUCUUGGUUCCCAACAACCAUCCACUGGCUGAGAUGACGGAAGACCCAUCAGACGCGCAACUCUUACCCCAGGCCAUUUUUUGGUUGGGUCACAUCUGCAGCAGGUUCCAGACGCCGAGACGACGAUCGUUCCUGAAAACAGACUCACUCACUGGCGCCUAA